GUACAUAAAUCAGUUGUGCCUUCUCAACACAAGGCGGCAGUACACGUGCUGAUCUCUGAGCGCUCAUGACGUGCUGACGUCUGGCGUCUGACGUCAUCGCGUGACAGAAACAAUGGCGGCGCCCGCAGAAAGCGUGAGUGAAACGCCCGCAAAUAAAAAAGAGAAAAAGAAGAGCAAUCAAGAAGAGACUGAACUGCUGACAGUGCCAGAGGACUGGAAAGAGCCUGCGUUUACCCGAGCGGACAAUCCAAAAGGUUUGCUGGAGGAGAGCAGCUUCGCCACACUUUUCCCCAAGUACAGAGAAGCGUAUCUGAAAGAAUGCUGGCCACUGGUGCAAAAGGCGCUUGGAGAUAUUUUCAUCAAUGCCACACUGGACCUGAUUGAAGGCAGUAUGACUGUGAACACCACCAAGAAAACGUUUGACCCGUAUGCCAUCCUCAGAGCGAGAGAUCUCAUCAAGUUAUUGGCUAGAAGUGUGCCGUUUGAACAGGCUGUAAGGAUACUUCAAGAUGACAUGGCAUGUGACAUCAUCAAAAUCGGGACGCUUGUGCGAAACAGAGAGCGUUUUGUGAAGAGAAGACAGAGACUGAUCGGCCCCAAGGGCUCCACGCUGAAGGCACUGGAGCUUCUCACCAACUGUUAUGUGAUGGUUCAGGGAAACACAGUUUCUGCUGUGGGCCCGUACGGCGGUUUAAAAGAGGUACGGAAAGUCGUACUGGAAACAAUGAAGAACAUUCACCCCAUUUACAACAUAAAGACGCUAAUGAUCAAACGAGAGCUCAUGAACGACCCAGAGCUGCGCACUCAGAACUGGGAGAGAUUCCUGCCCAACUUCCAUCACAAGAGUCUCUCCAAACGCAAACAGCCCAAGAAGAAGAAGAAGGUGAAGAAGGAGUACACGCCGUUCCCCCCACCUCAGCCCGAGAGCAAGAUUGACAAGGAGUUGGCGACCGGAGAGUUCUUCCUGCUAGAGACCGAGAAGAGACGCAAGAAGAUGAGUGAAAUUAAGGUGAAACAGGCUGAAGUUUUAUUCAAGAGACAAGAGGAGCGACAGAAAGCUUUUAUUCCUCCUAAAGAGAAACCAGCGAUGAAGAAAACCAAACCAGCUACAACAGAGAACAAAAUUGAUGUUCAAGCCAUCAAAGAAAAAGUGAAGAAGGCAAAAUCUAAAAAGCUUGGAGCUCCUCCGGUGAACCCCCAGACGUCCUCAGUUAAAGACAAGAAACAGAAGAAGGUCAAGAGCUAACAUGAUUCACUUAUCUUUUUUUUUUUGUCUAUAUAAAAUUAGUUUUUCAUGCUUGUCAACAUUAUUUUAAAACUUAAAUGAAUACUUAUUGGUUGUGAAGAUGAGACACUCAAGCACUGAGUGUAUGUCAGUACACAUUUGAUAUUUUGUAUUGCGUAACAAUUAAAAACAAUGAGCAUGGAUUCGUAUACUGAGGCAGAUAACAUCAAGACAUUGUCAUGUGACAGCCUGUAUGUGCAUUUAAAUAUUUUACAUAUCCAAGUCUGUUAGAUUAAUAUGUAAGCCCAUAAAAGCAAGGCAUAACCUUAUUCUCUUUUCCCUUGGGAGCCCAUUUCUGCCAAGGAGGGAGUAGCUAUGUUCAGAUUGGCAUGCUACAUUACUCAUACUUCUUUAUGCUACAGUAUGUACACUGUGCAUAGUAUGCAAAUGUUCUGUAUGCAUAGAACAACAUUUGACAUUUGUGUGGAAUACUGUAUCUGACAAUCCAAUGCGCUCGAUUUGACCUGCCAUUUCCAAUGUGAUGAAUGAACCAUGAUGCAGAUCUCA